AUGAUUGUACAAGAACCCGUGCAGGCCGCGAUAUGGCACUGCCUAAAUCAUUACCACUAUCAGGACGCUAUUUUCCUUGCGGAGAGACUUUAUGCAGAGGUGGAAUCCGAAGAAAUUACUUUUUUAUUAGCUACCUGCUACUAUCGUUCAGGACAAAAGCAUCUAGCGCACUGGUUACUGUCCAAAAAGAGUGUCCGUUCUACUCAGUGCCGUUUUCUGCUAUCAAAAUGCGCCUUUGAUUUGAAAAAAUACUCGGAAGCGGAAAAUGCACUGAUAAACGAGGAUCACCUCAGGCAAAAGCAUUUGGAUGAGAUCGUGAAGGAGUUUGGCGAUAUUGCUUGCUUCGCGCUGGAAUUGGCUUCAAAAAUUUGCCAAAAGACUGAACGAGCUAAGCUUGCAAACGACGCCAGUAGGAAGGCCAUCAAGUUAAAUCCCUUUCUGUGGCAGUCAUUUGCUGAUUUAUGCAACCGUGGAGAAAAACCUGAUCCGGAUAGUGUAUUCCAGCAGCUCACCAGUACCGACGUAUUCCAAACCAGCCAGGCCCACCAUUAUAAUUCGAUCGUGUGGUUUGGUGGCAAUGUUAUGUAUAACGGUGUUGCCCCACUAUCAGAUCCUCCCGUUGGGGCAAAUGAUACUUGCUCCUCGGACCAGCUGAUCGGUACAAGUAUGGAAAAUCCCUGUACUCCGGUUGAUCAAUGCUUUAUGCAAAACCUCAACACACCCCACAAACAGCUCCCUCAUGGGGUGAUUCCGUCGGGAUUGGGAGGAGGAUUAGGAGGAAAUGCGCCGUACGUUCCACAUCAACAGAACAAUACUAAUGCCUCGUACCUCAACAGUUCCGUUGCAUCGAUGCGCGUCGGUGGAGGGAAUCUCAGCGUGGACGACCAAACGCCUACGCACAUUUUUUCGGAUAACAAUACACCAUUCCGUAAGCCGCAGCCGCAGUUCAAGUAUCUUUCGGCGAUGAGUCCGUCGACUCCUAGCUUCGGUGUGCUGCCGCUCGUGAACACCCCAACCGAACCAAUAGCGUUUGUUAUGACACCAUCACCUCAGUUGGCGGGGUCCUUGGGAACGACACCUGUAGGACAGACUGGAUCAUCUGCGCUCAUACAGCAGCAUCAAGGAUCACAGUUUUUGCAAUACGCUGCUGGCAUGCAGCAAACUCCCCAACAAGGAACCGGUAUGCUGGGUGACAUUGGUGUGAUAAGUGGUGAUCAGCAGCAUGCCGCUCCCAACCGGAAGAUUACGCUGUUAAGUAGCAAUAAGAAAAUGCGUCGCCAUCAUCACAAUAAUUUGGGAACCAUGGGUAACAUCAUCAAUCGCAAGCACGACUCGCCACAUCAUCCACAGCAGGCGGCCACAAUCCAGCUGCUGCAGCAGCAGAGCACGAACACGAAGCCACCAAGCGUGUUCAGCCAAACCGGAAACCAAAUGACUCCUACACCCCGCGCAACUAACACAACCGGGGGAGCGCUCCAGCAGGGCCAAAACGUUCGGCGUAGCUCACGCCUGUUUAGCAACAGUAACUCUGUGAAAGAGAACGCCAAAAGCCCUCAGUUGAAUAACAAAUUUGUUGCCCCGCGGUCGCCUCCUAGAAGAGCUAAGCAACGAAGUAUUUCAAAGACAAUUAACAGUGGCGUCACCACGCUGUUGGAAAACGUUCCCGAGAAUCGGAAAUCGGUGUCCGUGUGUGGGCCGGGAGGAGACGCCCCGGUGAAGGAGAAAAUUGAAACUAUUACUUCCACUGUCAACGACAGCACAGCCGUACCGUUGUUAAACGAAAAAGUCAUUCUAAAUAACACCAUCAACAGCGCGCAAAAGAUGGCCCAGCAAGUGUUGCAGCUAAAGAAGCAAAGUGCCGACGGACUGAUGACGCUGUUACGAGAACUAGGCCACGGGUAUCUGCGAUUACAGAACUACGAAUGCGAGAAGGCUAUAGAGCACUUUUCGAAUGUUCCGUUGCAUCACUACGAAAGCAGCUGGGUCAAAAGUAUGAUAGCUCUGGCCUACCACGAGAUGCGCGAUUACGAGUCGGCCGUACAAAUAUUCCACGACAUUCACGAACGCGAACCGAACCGGCUACAGUACAUGGAGAUCUACAGUACGGAUCUGUGGCAUCUGCAGAAGGAUGUCGUGUUAUCCUCGCUCGCGCAGGAUCUGAUGGCACAGGAUAAAACAUCCGCCAUCACGUGGUGUGUGGCAGGCAAUUGUUUCUCCGCCCACAAGGAGCACGAAACGGCGAUCAAAUUUUUUUUCCGUGCAAUACAAGUCGAGGAAGAUUUUGCCUACAGUUACGCGCUGCUCGGUCACGAACUGGUAAUGACGGAAGAGCUCGAUAAGGCGCUCUCCAUGUACCGGUUGGCUGUAUUGCACGACGCCCGGCACUAUAAUGCGUGGUUCGGCAUCGGAACAGUAUUCUGCAAGCAGGAACGCCACGAACUAGCUGAGCUGCACUACCGGCGAGCGUUGCAGAUCAAUCCACGCAACUCCGUCAUCAUGGUGCACAUAGCCGUGAUGCAAUUCUUCCUGCGCAAGACCGACCAAGCCAUACGCACGUUAAAUGCGGCUAUCGCCCUGGAUCCGAAGAAUCCUCAGUGCAAGUUCCAGCGCGGCUCGAUGUUCUUUAUGAUGGGGCGGCACCACGAGGCACUCAAAGAGCUAGAAGAGCUGAAGCAAAUCGUACCAAAGGAAGCGAUGGUCUACUAUUUGAUGGGCAAAAUUCACAAAAAGCUAGGCAAUGUCGAUCUGGCGCUGAUGCAUCUCAGCUGGGCCACCGAUCUUGGUUCGAAGGGCGCCAACAACCAGAUUAAGGAUAAUUUCGACUCAAUCAUUCGAACGCAGGAAGGUGAUGGCAAUAGUCGCGCUGAGGGGGCCGCCUCAGAGUUGAGCAGAACUGGUGACACCGUUGCCGAGGCCGUUGGGGGGUCUGCUGACGGUCUGCCAGCGGUGCCGGGUGAUAGUGAUGAGAUUGACGACAAAAUCGUUUCAGUAGAGCAUACCGACCCGGAAGCUGGCGGCAGCAGUAGUAUUGACCCCGACUAUGCACUAGGUUUAGGUCAUCUUCUUGGUGCCGACUCUACCGCGGCAGCAAGCAUGCGAAAUGAGUCGCUAGAUAUAACAGCAAACAAUUUUUACGACAGUGACAGCUACUAGAGGAAAAAUAACGUCGUAUAGAAGAGCCGCCUUUCAAAACGCAGUCAGUCAUGCUAAAGCUGCCGCCCCCCAAACAUGCGUGUGAUCAAACGUAGAAUAAUAUUCGUGAGGAAUGACACAUUUUCCUAUUUGUUCUAUAGCUUUUCUCCAUAUGUUUUUUUUCUCUUCUCUACCUAUCUCAGAAGCUGUGUUUCUAAGUACCCUAUGGUUCAGCUAAUCACGUAUAAGAAUUAUUCGUUUUUGCGUCUUUUUGUUAUUCCAGUUACGCCUAAGUAGCAGUUUAUUGCUAAAUCAUUUUAUGGAAACCCACCAAAAUAAAAAAAAAUAAAUAGCAG